AUGGAAGAACAACUGCAGUGCCUAACAGAUAGAAUUCCUGGUCCAGUUCCGAUCAAGAUAGCAGCCUUUACUACUAUUUCAGAAAGUAAUGGUGUUCCGAAACCACAAUUUUCAACUGUUCCAGUUGCGACAUAUAUACCGAGUGAGGCUCUGGUACCAAUGCCAGUUCUACCUCAGUCAGGAGCCAUUAUUGUUGGACCAGGAGCCAAGAAAGAAGCUCAGUUGCUAGGUUUAGGUCUUGUUAAAUUACGCACUAAACAAAGAGACUGGUUAGCCGAUGCAAAAAAAUAUGCUAGAGAGCAAUCAAUCAAACAAGUACUUCUUCGACAGACUCUCGCGCAUCAACAAAAUCAGCAAAAAGUAGCUAUGUAUGCGCAAGCUUUGUCUCUCAUGGCUCGUGUUUAUAUUGGUUCUAUCAGUUUCGAAGUUCGCGAAGAAAUGAUAAAAAAUGCUUUUGGUGUUUUUGGCCCGAUAAAAUCGAUCAAUAUGAGUUGGGAUGCUGUUACAGGGCAUCACAAAGGUUUUGCAUUUUUGGAAUAUGAGAUUCCUGAAGCAGCGUUGUUAGCCCAAGAAUCAAUGAACGGUAUUCUGAUGGGUGGCCGUAAUCUCAAGGUCGGACGGCCAUCGAAUAUGCCACAAGCACAGCCGAUUAUUGAAAUGGUUAUGCAAGAAGCCAAAGCAUUCCAUCGAGUGUAUGUUGCGUCAGUUCAUCCAGAUCUCUCGGAAUCUGAUCUCAAAAGUGUAUUUGAGGCAUUUGGGGAAGUUACAAAAUGUCAGUUAGCAAGAGCAACGGGUCCAAAUGCUGGGAAUGGUCAUAGAGGUUUCGGGUACUUGGAGUUCAGCAAUGCUCAAUCAGCGAGUGAAGCCAUUGCUGGGAUGAAUAUGUUUGAUCUUGGCGGACAGUAUUUACGUGUAGGAAAGUGUAUUACACCUCCAGAUGCACUGACUUACAUUGUUCCUACAUCUGCUGUAAAUUUACCAACAGCUGCAGCUGUUGCAGCAGCUGAAGUUACAGCAAAAAUCCAGGCUGAAGAAAUGACCGUUAAAAAAUCCCCUGUUCACACUGCUAGCACUUCUCCACGGUCGGGGUCGAUAACUAUUGGCCAGUGCUCACCUCAGUCCUAUGGAGUUCAAGCAAUGUCAUCAGUGGGGGUUACUGCAAUUCCACCAAUUGGAGUAGCAGCCGUCCCACCUGUUGGACUAGCAACUAUAACAUCGAUAUCAACAUCGCCUUCAUCCAUUACAACUCCACCUCUUUCACAACGACCUUCUCCUAGUAACCGUCGAGGAUUUGGUGGUUUUGCAGUCCAUACACCCCCCAUACAAGUUGUUAAUAUUCCUCCACCUCAAAUUAUUACAGCGCUGCCCUUACCUACCAGCACUAUUCCAGUACCUCCACCUGCGGUUUGUUCGGUACCACAAACUCCAAUAACGUUAUCUUCAACUUCAUCGUUGAUAUCAAGAAUUAACAUUUCUGCUCCAACGAUAUCUUCCAUGGAGCCUGCUACUUUUGCUCCACUUCCAGCCAAUAUUGCUCCGGUAGAUCGUAAAACGGUAUCUAGUGCAGAUAGAAAAAAUGAUAAGCUUGCAAUCGAUCAAGCAUCAACAAGUGAUUCAGAUAGCAUGGCUUUAAUUGUUGCUGAUGGCUUCAUACCAGGUCGGCGGGACUUGCAGAAGGCAACAGAAGAAAAAGGAUCAAAAGCAGAUGAUAAGACUUAUCACAAAAAAAAAAAGAAGAAAGUGGUACAUAAUGUACCGAAAGGGCCUCAGCUUAAUACUCCUCAAGCCUUGGAAGCAGCAAGCCGAGCUGGAGAACUUAAUGAUCAGAUGACGGCACAGAUUGUAAAUUCAGAUGAUGUGUCAUUAGCUGCUCAGGAAGGUUUAGAAAUUAGAGGAAAUGAUGCAAGACAUUUGUUAAUGCAUAAACUUAUGAGGACAAAUCGAUCAACGGUCGUAGUUCUGAAAAAUAUGGUAACGAUUGAGGAGUGUGAUGAUGAGUUAGAAGAUGAAAUUCGAGAUGAAUGCAACAAAUUUGGUAAAGUUGAGGAGGUAGUAAUAGCUCAGGACCCAGGAAAUGGUAGUGUAAAGAUAUUUGUGCGAUUUGAUAACUCACAAGAAGCUGAUGUAGCUCGACAAGCAUUAGACAAGCGGUACUUUGCUGGACGUGAAAUUUCAGCUCAAAAUUAUGAUCAAAUAUUGUUCGACCAUAAUGAUUAUUCGGGCUGA